AUGCAGGAAACUUGCGAAACUCCAAGGUACAUUAUGCCUCAUCAUGGCGGUUUUAGGCCAGAAAGUAGUACUACAAAAUUACGCGUUGUUUUUAACGCAUCAGAGGCAACAUCAUCUGGACAAUCGCUUAAUGAUAAUUUGUAUUCAGGAUCUGUUGUCCAAGAUGAUUUGUUCGCUAUAUUGUUGAGACUUCGAAAACAUUCUAUAGUUUUCACCGCCGAUAUAAAAAAGAUGUAUCGUCAAAUUUGGAUACAUCCAGAUCAGUGUGAUUUACAAUGUAUUUUAUGGAAGGAUUUAGAGGAUGAGAAAUUACGUGUAUUUAAGUUGCUCACUGUUACCUACGGAACCAAAUGCGCUCCUUACUUGGCAACCAGAGAACUAAAACAAUUAUGCUGUGAUGAGCAGGACAAUUAUCCUUUAACCGCUGCUGCUGGCAAAGAUUUUUACGUCGACGAUAUACUCAGUGGUACCGAGGAUUUAUCUUCUGCCAUUGAACUACAAGACCAGUUAAUACAUUUGUUAAAAUCAGCUGGUAUGGAGCUUCACAAAUGGAGUUCAAAUAAUCCUGUUUUGUUACAAAAAGUUCCAACGUCGGACCGAGAAUACAAUUUCGAUAAUCCUAACUCAGCAACUUUAAAAACUUUGGGAUUACAAUUCAAUCCUAAAAAGGAUACAUUUAGUUUUAGUGUUCAAAAAAUUGUGAGUCCUGCAACAAAAAGAACAAUGCUAUCGGACAUAUCCAGAUUGUUUGAUCCUUUAGGCCUCUUAGGACCUUGGAUAAUCAGAGCGAAGAUGUUCUUGCAGAAGUUGUAUAUUUUGAGAAUUGAUUGGGACGAUGAAGUUCCCAUACACUUAAAUAGAGAGUGGGAAAAAUUUAGUUCUGAACUGAUUCUGAAAGUAGACCUGAUAGGCUUCGGAGAUGCUUCGAAAAAUGCAUACGGUUGUGCUGUCUACACCAGGUCUUCGUCAAGCUCUGGUGAGAUAAAGGUGUCACUCUUAUGCAGCAAAUCUCGAGUGGCUCCCAUCAAAGAAAUUAGUAUCCCACGUUUGGAGCUGUGUGCAGCGGAUCUGCUUUCCAAGCUUACAGUUAAGGUUCUGUCAUCCUUGCAACUAGACAUUCAUGGAGUACAUUUGUACUCGGACUCCACUGUGGUGCUUGCUUGGAUCAAAACUCCACCUACAUCGUUGAAAACUUUUGUUGCUAAUCGAGUCACUAGGAUUCAAGAGUAUACUAAGAACUUCAAAUGGCAUUAUGUAAAUACUGCUGAGAAUCCUGCGGACUUGAUAUCACGAGGAGUUUUCCCUUCAAAGAUCCAACAGGGGGAUCCAUCCAGAUGGACAUUUGGUGGAAUGGACCGUCUUUUCUUUCAUCUAGUAGCUGGUCAAACUUCAAUGACGAUCCUGGUGUCUCAGAUGAUGAAUAUCUUCUUGAGGUUUGUCAAGAACCUAAAAGAAGCAGUGAAGACAACAGGUCCACUGAAUGCUGAGGAAUUAAACUAUGCAGAGACAUUUUUAAUUAAAAAUGUCCAAAUCCAAGAGUUUGCCAAAGACGUCAGUAGUCUCCAAAAACACCACUGUGUGCCUCCUAGUAGUAAAUUAAAAACUUUGAAUCCUUUCUUGGAUUCUAAAGAAUUGUUAAGAGUCGGAGGACGGUUGGCCCAACCAAUUGCACCUUCUCAAAUCAUGGGCAAUUUGCCCAAGGAAAGAGUGUCUCCAGAUUUUGCUUUUAAUUGUGCUGGUGCUGAUUUCUGUGGGCCGUUUUAUAUUAAGAAUAAGGCUCAGCAUUUGACUUCUGAUUCCUUUAUAGCGACUUUAAAACGAUUCAUGGCUCGAAGAGAUCCCCCACACUUUGGCGGUCUUUGGGAGGCAGCUAAAAAGUCAUUUAACUACCAUCUAAAAAGAGUUGUUAAGGGAAUAAACUUAACUUAUGAAGAGUUCUUAACGGUAAUUGUGCAAAUUGAGGGAAUUUUGAAUUCUCGACCACUUUGCCCCUUGUCAGCUAACGAGGACGAUUUUGAGGUUCUUACUCCUGCACAUUUUUUAAUAAAUAGGUCUUUAACCUCUUUGAAUGAGCCUGAUUUGACAAAUUUAAAAUAA